AUGUCUCCCAGUCUUCAGGAAGGUGCUCGGCUUGUGGAAGGCAAACCCUCAUCCAGCUCCUUUUCCAUUGAGAGCAUCUUAGGACUGGACCAGAAGAAAGAUGACGCUCCAUCAAUGAAACCCCACAGGCCGUGGGCAGACACCUGCAGCUCCUUGGGGAAGGAUGCUAACCUACGUCUCCAUGUCCCGAGUUUUCCCAAUGGGGCCUCAUUCCCACACCCUGGGGAUCAUCCAAUGCCAGAAGAAAGAGCUAUGAAAUAUGAAAAUUACUUCUCAGCCUCAGAAAGAGCGUCUUUGAAAAGAGAGUUGAACUGGUAUAGAGGCCGGAGACCAAGAACUGCUUUUACUCAGAAUCAGGUUGAAGUGUUGGAAAAUGUCUUUAGAGUAAAUUGCUACCCUGGCAUUGAUAUCAGAGAAGAUUUAGCUCGAAAACUGAAUCUAGAGGAAGACAGAAUCCAGAUUUGGUUCCAAAAUCGGCGUGCAAAGCUGAAAAGAUCCCACAGAGAAUCACAGUUUCUAACAGCAAAAAAAAAUUUUGACACUAAUCUCCUGGAACAGAUAGAAAACUAA